UAGUGCAUUGAAAUUAUGAUACGGUCAUGUAUAAACUUUUAAUCAUGAAGUCUGUUCUUUUGUUAAUAUUGGUUUUCAAACUAGGCCUCCUGGCUCAACAAUUAAAGAAGUCGUUGGUAUGUAUUUGCAUGGAAGAACUGUCAUCUAACCUUGAUAACCCUCUCAUCAUUCAGAAUGCUGGUGAUGGAACAGAACGUCUAUUUGUUGGCGAGCUAAAGGGUAUAGUACACAUUUUCAACCAGAAUGGAGUUAAGUGUACAAAACCAUUCUUAAAUAUAACAGAUAAAGUCAGUGAUAGUCGUGAAAAAGGUUUACUUGGAUUAGCCUUUCAUCCUAAUUUCUGGAAAAAUCGUCGAUUUUUUGUAUACUAUUCCAGUAGAGCUAUACCAAAGAACCCAUCAGACGACCACGUUACUCAUUUAUACGAAUUCCGUGCAUCUGGACGGAAUCCAGAUAUUGCUGAUACGUCAUCAGGAAGAUUAAUCAUGGAAAUACAACAACCAUUCAAUAAUCACAACGGAGGAGAGAUUUUAUUUGGAGACGACGGGUAUCUUUAUAUAUUUCUUGGUGAUGGAGGUACUCCAGGUUCUGAAGGAGAUCCACGAGGAAAUGCUCAAAAUACGAUGUCCUUACUAGGAAAGGUUCUAAGAAUAGACAUCAAUAAAAUUGGCAAAAGAAAGGGUUAUGUCAUACCACCAGAUAACCCUUUUAUAAAGCAGCAACGGACUUUCAGACCAGAAAUAUAUGCUUACGGUGUCAGAAAUAUAUGGAGAUGUGGAAAAGAUUCAGUAAGACAUAACGGAAGAGUACUGUGUGGUGAUGUUGGACACGAUAAAUUCGAAGAGAUUGAUGUACUAAAAAAAGGAGCUAACUAUGGAUGGAAAGGUCGUGAAGGAUUUGAAUGUUAUGAUAAUAAGACGUGUGGAAAAACUGGACCGGAAGUGAAACCAGUGUUUGUUUAUUCACACGACAUAGGAAAUGCAGUAAUCGGCGGACAGUUUUAUAGCGGAUGUUUAAACCCAAGACUACGUCAUUUUUAUAUAUUCGGUGACUUCAGUGGAAUAUUGUUCCUUCUUCAUGAGAACCCCAGGAUAAAGAAAUGGAUUGGGCGUGAAUUACGACUUUGUGAUUCAAACAUGUGUACUCCACCUCUUAAUAAUACAUAUGAAAGAAGGAUAACAUCUUUUGGGAUUGACGAAUCAGGAGAAGUAUACAUGGUGUCAAAAGAUGACGAGAAUCGUGGAAAACUCUAUCGAAUUGUUGAUCCUGUGAGAAAUGGCAAUCCCAGACGAUGCAAAGCAGCAAAAGCACUGUACAGAAAGCGGAAAUAA